AUGGUGGAUGCCGACGCGCCGCCCUUCGAUCCCUCGGAGCGCGUGCUGGAGAUUUCCGCUGCCUCCUUGGAGUCCCGCGUGAAGGUGGCGGAGGACUUGGCCCGGGAUGGCCCGGCCGGGCUCCCGAUGAAGUGGCUGUCGUUUGGGCAACUUGUCAUGGGCCACCGCGGCGAGACAUUGAGAAGCAUCAUCCAGAGCAGCAAAGCGCAGGUGCAGCAGCACAAGGCUGAGCACCUGGAGGACUGUGCAAUCCGGAAGAACCGCCCAGUUGUGAGGCAAGUCCACAGUGCCCUGGAGCAGCGCGGCCGCGAGGGCGGGCUUCCCUGCUUCAGCUCUGCGCUGAUGGACCUCGGCGUGGGCCUUGCAGGUCCCAGUGGCCUCGCCAGUGGCCUCGCUGGCCUGGGCCCAGGCGGUGGGGGUCUUGGCCUCGGACUCGGCGUUUCCAGCGACCUGGGGACGCUGACGCUGCAGCUGGCGAUGCCCAACGAGGAGGUCGCGCGUUUGUUGGCGAACGACUCCUCCGGUAUUGCGCGGCGCGCUGGUGUCAAGCUCUCGUCGACGCGAGGGGCUGGCGGCUUGCCAGUGCUCAAGGUGGCAGGCACUGCUGUUGCCAACUCGGUGGCUUGCUACCUCAUCCAGGACCGCAUCUUCAUGAUGCAUUGA